ACACCCAUCACAUCCUACUCAGUUUAGUAGAGUAGAAGAAGACUUCCCCCCCACGACUUUGACGUUUAGCAGCAGAGCUUCUCCUGACCUUCUCACUGCAGCGUGACAAACUGAAAGAUGGCUGGUAGCGCUUUUACCAAGUGGUGGACGCUGGUGCGGCCUUACUACACCAAGGCCUACCAGGAGAUGUGGGUGGGCGUUGGCAUCAUGUCAUACCUGUACUACAAAGUAUCCUAUGGAGGCACAAAGGCCGUGAAGGACAAGCCUGCACAUUGAGCUUCCCACCACACCUCCACCUGCUAUGAAAUACGGACCAUCCGUUUGUCCCGAAGUCAAGCUUCAUAUUUGAUUUUUCUUUUUUUUGUUGAUAUGGAACAAAUAAAGUUGCUAUCUAAAAAAAAAAAAA